CAUGCUUGAAUUAUCAUUCUGGUUCUCUCAUGGUUUGUGGUUUGCGAGAGAAGGAAAAGAGAGAACAGCGACCUUUUCCUGGCAUCUCUCUGAUCAGUCGUCACCAAUUCUUCAUUUUUUCUUCCCUUUGCUCUUCAUCAUUUUCAGAAGGUGAUGGUCUAUUUCCUCUGCAAGGAGAUAGAUGGACACAUAGCUUCCGGUCGAUAGGCCACAAUCAGGCGGAAAGAGAGAGAGAGGGCUGGGGAUCCAAGGAAGAGAGCAAAGAGAAGCAAGAAAGGAAGAGCAAUAAAGCUACCCAGUACUCAGAGAGACAACGAUGGAUGCGUUUUAAGGCUCCUGUACAAGAACCUGCAGCUUUCGUAAGGCAGAUCUUCCUCAGAUGACAUGGUUGUAUUAACUCUACCACCACCGCCUCCGUCGCCGCCGCCAUCAUCACCAGCACGCCUGCCGAGCCGCCGGAGAGGAGGGAAGAAGAGAAAAUCAGAAACAACGAGCACCAAGAGCGGGAGGGAGUAGGCUUCACAAGUGCUUAAUUCUAUGUCCGAGAGCCUGCAAGAAGGAUGCUUCGGAUUCACGGAUGCUUUUGGGAGGUUAGGAGUUCAGAGCCAGGAGCAACCUCAGAUCCAGACAACCAAGAUCGCUCAACAAUCCGGCCUCUCCAAAUUGAGGAACUUUCCGGGGUCGUCGAGCCUUGAUAACAUCCUGGAAGAUCAACAGCAGGAGCAGCACCAAGAAGGUAACAUCCAUAGAUACCGGAACGCAACCAUGAUGCUUUCAGAGAUGUUCAACUAUCAACAAGGAGACGAUCUUCUUGGGACUCCAUCCAACCUCCAUGGGAAGCCGGGAGAUGUUCUCAAUUGGAGGAGGAGUCACAACAGCAGCAGCAGCAGUAGCAACAACAACAUGAACAGCAUCACCAAUGAUUGGUACAGUUCAAAUAGGCAAGGGUCAGUCUUGAACCCACUCCAUGUACCACACUUGGGAGUGGCAAAGGAAGUUGGCAUCGGCAGUAUCCAGGCCGCCCAUGACGGCGAUGACCAAGAUCACGCCAAUAAUAAUGGAGGGAACACCAGCAACCAGAAAAGUAAUAGCAGUAGGCAAGAUAAUAACAGUAGUAGUAUAGGGCAGCAUCAUAUUUCCAGCAUAAAUGCAGACGCAGCAGCCAUGCAGCUGUUCUUGAUGAACCGCGAGCAGGAGCAGUCUUCAGCUCCACAACACAUGCUUCUCCCCAACCCCCUCCUCGACGGCCACCAAUUCCACCAGCUGCAUCCCAAUUUCCUGCAGUCCAUGGCUUUUCCGGCGAGUGGCAACAGCACGAUUCCGUCGUCAAUACAGCUGCAGCAGAUGAACUGGGCAGCCGGCAAGAGCGCUGCGGAAUUAGGGAAGGUACCGGAGAAUCGAGGUCUUUCGCUAUCGCUGUCGUCGCUGCAACACCUUGAGGCAGCGAUGCAUGGUGAUGAACCAGCAGCUACUGCGGCUGUUGGGGGAGGGAAGGGGGAAGAAUUGAGGAUGGACGGUGAUGCUUAUUACGCUCCCCAUGCUCACCAGAGCGCUUUGUAUUCACUGAGAAGUGGUAUUGGAAUCAACAGUGUUGUUGGUGCUGCUUCUGGGGGCGGUGCCGCUGUGCCAAGUCUUCAAGCUCUGCAGGUUCACCUAUGCUCGAACCCAUUAGCCUCGGUCUCGGUUCACUCGUCCAUGAUCCUCAGGAGCUCAAAGUAUCUACGAGUCGCACAGGAGCUUCUGGAGGAAUUCUGCAACGUGGGGAGGGGCCAGGUGAGGAGCAGAAGGAUAGGGAAACAAGAUUCUUUCAAAGGGGGCUCUACGAACAACACGGGGGAGGGUAGCCUUUCCGCCUCUAACCCGUCAUUGUCUUCCUCUGAAAGAUUUGAGCACCAGAGAAAGAAGACCAAGCUGCUUGCCAUGUUAGAUGAGGUGGAUCGAAGAUACGCCCACUACUGUGAGCAAAUGCAACAGUUGGUGCACUCGUUCGACUCGGUGCUGGGGAUCGGUUCGGCGAUGCCUUACACCUGCUUAGCGCAGAAGGCCAUGUCCAGGCAUUUCCGGUGCCUGAGGGACGCGAUCGCCGAUCAACUCAAGAUAACGAGUGAGCUCCUGGGAGAUAAGGACAGCGGAGGGAUAGCGGGCAUCACGAAGGGGGAGACUCCAAGGCUUCGACUUCUGGAGCAGAGCCUAAGGCAGCAGAGGGCGUUCCAUCAGAUGGGCAUGAUGGAGCAGGAGCCAUGGCGACCUCAAAGAGGACUUCCUGAGCGUUCUGUCAGCAUUCUUAGAGCGUGGCUCUUCGAGCAUUUUCUUCAUCCGUAUCCAAGUGACGCCGAUAAGCAUCUGCUUUCUCGACAGACCGGCCUUUCCAGAAGCCAGGUCUCGAACUGGUUCAUUAAUGCCAGGGUCCGGUUGUGGAAACCCAUGGUAGAGGAGAUGUACCAAGAAGAAGCCAAAGAAGAUGCUGGCCCUGCGGGUUCUGCUGCUGCUGCCGCUGCAGGCGGUGCAGAGGGCGCAGCGUCGUCAGGCGGCAAAAGAUGCGAUGUCAAUACGGCGGAAAAGGAUGAGACGUCCAAUCCUGCAGAGACCGCAAUCAAUAAACACACCAAUCUGGCAGCAGCUGCAGCGGCUGCAGCAGCGGCGACUUCCAGCAGCAACAAUAACAACUACCACCACCACCGCCACCCCCCAUUUCCCGAGGGCCAAAAACACGGCGGAAACCUCCAUCUAAGCGACACCCCACCACCGCUUGGACCGCCCCUGGCCGCAGAUCCCGCCCCCUUCGACUUUUCGGGAGCCGGGUUCGACCAGAAGACCAGAGUCAACGUCGAACCGGGUUUGACAGCGCCCUUGGGGUACGGGACGAGCGGGAUGUACCGGGCCCGUGACCUCAACCACAUCUCGCUCACUCUGGGGCUGAGACACGCCGGCGGGUUGCCGGAGCAGCGCAGGUUUCCGGCGGUACCCGAGGGUCGGGGAUUCAAUUAAACCGGAGAAAUCCAAGUCCUUAGGGGCCUCGCCGGCGGAGUACAGAGAAGGGAUGAAGAGUCAUUGUCUAGAGGGAUAAGGCUGAGACAGGGCUCAGGGUUGCGUGGAUGCAUGGGUGCAUGGCUGGACAUCGUCAGGUACGUUCUCGGUAUCCAUAUAUUUGUACGUCAUAUGUACGCUUCUUAAAUGGAGGAAAAUCCUUUAUUCGAAUAUUUAUAGCUAAAUUUUAAUUUAUAUCGUGUCAAAGCGACGUGAUUGAAUACGUUGAUAAUUUUUUCGGGUUUCUUUGUGUAGGGAUAUAUUUAUAAUAAUCGAUUGUUUGCCA